AAGGCCUGCGUCAUCGGAGGUGGCUGGGCGGGCUUCGGCGCGGCUUGGCAGCUCCUCAAGCACGGCUUCGACGUCACGCUCCUUGACUCCUCCCCGGACCCCGGCGGGCUGUCCGCCGGUUGGAGAACCGCGAACGGCCGCGCGGUGGAGGCUGGAUGCAAGGGCUUCUGGCGGCACUACGGCAACAUCGACGCCCUCGCGGAGGAGCUCGGCAUCUCCCCCUUCACCCCGUACACCUCGUCCGCGUUCUACUCCCCGAAAGGGAAGGAGGUGGAGGCGCCCGUGCUCGGGGAUUUGCCGCGACUGCCCACGCCCUUCGGCACGCUGCUGUACACGUCGCCGUACUUCACGCAGCUCUCCGUCGAGGACAGAAUCAGCGCCCUGCCCCUCGCGAUCGACCUGCUCAAGUACAACGCCACGGUGGAGUCCUACCUCGAGUACGACGACAAGUCCGCGCGAGACGUCUUCCGUGGGGAUCCGACGAACGGGCGGUUGGGCGCGAGCGAGGCGCUGUACGAGCAGUUCCUCGCCCCGAUCCUGUGCGCCCUCAUGUUCGCCCCGCCCGAGGAGCUCUCAGCGUCCGCCGCACUCGACGUGCUGUACGGCUACGUGUUGGCGCAUCAGGACGACUUCGACGUGCGCUGGUGCAAAGGGACCAUCGCGGAGGAGAUCUUCACGCCGUGGGUAAACAAGAUGCGGGAGCUGGGUGGACCGGACGUGCUGCUCGGGGGCAGACGGGUGCAGACGGUGGAGCUCGGCGAACCGGGCGCGAGGGCGAGGGUCGUCGCGAGCGCGCCAAACGGGACGUCGGAGAUUUACGACGCCGACGUGGUGGUCAUGGCCACCGGCGUCGGCGCCGCGCGCGGGAUCGUGUCGUCCUCGCCCGAGCUGUGCGAGUGCCCGGACCUCGCCGGGAUCAAGGACGUGCCCUCCACGGACGUCAUCGCCGUGAGACUGUUCCUGGACAAACAAGUGCGUCUUCCCAACAUGAGCAACGUAUUCGCCGGGUUUCCUCUCGGCGGCGACGACGCAGCCGUGAACGUCGCCGGGACCUUCUUCGACCUGUGCGCGCUCCACGACGAGUACGCCACGAUCGCGGCGGACCCACGCGACGACGUUCGAGCCGUCGUGGAGGUUGACAUGUACAACGCGGGCGCCGUGCUCGGGCUGGCGGAUGCCGAGCUGGUCGACGUCGCGCUCCGGGACGUGCUCGAAGGGUGCGUCCCGGGUUGCGUGCCGAGCGACGUGAGGGUCGUGGACUCGUCGGUGCUGCGGUUCAAGGGGGGCGUGACCAAGUUCGCGCCGGGGACGGCGUCGUUGUUGCCCAAGACCAGGGUGGGCGGUUUGGAUAAUUUUUUCGUCGCCGGGGACUACGUCUGGCAGGGUCCCGACUCUCACGGCGCUCGCGGACUGAGCCAGGAGAAGGCGCUCGUGUCGGGUUUGUGCGCGGCAGACGCGGCGGCGGAGUGG